AUGUCUAACAAGAUCCCCGACUUCGACGAACUUCCCGAGGUCAAGGGCAUGCCAAAGGGCACCGCCUGGGGCGUCUGGGACAAGAAUGGCAAGAAAGAUGUCUACGGGACUCUCAACCUGCUCACGCCAGAAGUCAUCAAAGCGGCAUAUGCUGAAGCCCGUGAUGGCGUUCAUGUCUCCCUGAACUGGCCCAUAGGAGCAAUCAAGACGCCUGGCUUCGGACGCAAGGGACUCGUGCAUAAAGUGUUCUCCUUCGUCGAUACUCCGCUGGCUUGCCACGGAUAUGACGACGAAAUCGAAUUCAACACCCAGGUGAGUACAAGGCCCCUCUCCAUCUGUGGCACGGCGGCCUGCUUACCUUGACAUAGUGCUCGUCCCAGUGGGACAGCCUGAUGCAUUUCCACCACCAACCAAGCCAAUCCGGCUGGAACGGCACCAAGACCACCCCAGCAGCCCUCAAGCAGGACUACGACGACGAUCAAGAUUCCAAAACCGAACUCCCCACCCUGAACCACUGGCAUGACCGCGGCGGAAUGGUAGCCCGAGGAGUCCUGAUCGAUUUCAAAAAGUAUGCCCAGGAGACCGGGCGGAAAUUCGACUGUUUCAACGACGACAAAAUCACCGUGCAGGACAUCGAAACCAUCGCGAAGAAACAAGGCGUCGAAUUCCGAGCCGGAGACGUCAUCAUCAUCCGUUCCGGGUUCACGGAGGAGCUCUCGAACAUCUCCGGCGAAGAACAAGCCGCCAAGAUGGGCACGCAUCGGGUCUGUGGUGUCACGGGAAACGUGGCGACGGCGAAAUGGUUCUGGAAUCAACACUUCUCCGCCGUGGCCGGGGAUAUGAUUGCCUUUGAGCACAUCCCGCCUCUGCGGGAGGAUGGCAGCGAAGGCGCGGUCAGUGAGUUGGUCUUGCAUCAAUGGUUCCUGGCACAAUUCGGCAUGUCCAUCGGGGAGCUGUGGGAUUUGAAAGCUCUGAGUGAGACUUGUGAGAGGCUGGGGAGGUAUUCGUUUCUGUUGACGAGUGUGCCGUUGAAUGUUCCGGGAGCUAUUGGGAGUCCGCCCAAUGCGUUGGCGAUUUUCUAA